AUGCCUCGUUUCAAGACCGCGUUUAAUGGAUACUCGGCUCGCUUCAGUCCGUUUGUGGAGAAUCGGCUGGCUGUCGCAACGGCACAGAACUUUGGCAUCAUUGGCAAUGGCCGUUUGCACGUACUCGAGCUCUCCCCAGGAGGCGGGUUGGUGGAGGUGAUGGCGUAUGACACAGCAGACGGGCUGUACGACUGCUGCUGGAGUGAGGCGAAUGAGAAUCUUCUUGUGUCCGCCAGUGGCGAUGGCAGUGUCAAGAUAUGGGACUUGGCUCUCCCUCCUGCCAGCAACCCGAUCCGCAGCUUUGAAGAGCACAUUCGAGAAGUCCAAUCGGUGGACUGGAACGUUGUGCGACGUGACUCUUUCCUUUCAUCAUCCUGGGAUGACACAAUAAAGCUAUGGGCGCUUGAGUCGGGUCAAUCAUUGAGGACGUUCAGGGAGCACACUUACUGCGUCUACUCUGCUGUCUGGAACCCUGCUCACCCCGAUGUCUUUGCAUCAGCAUCUGGCGAUUGCACCCUCCGUAUCUGGGACCUCCGUGAGCCACGAUCCGUGCUCAUCCUCCCAGCCCACGACAUGGAAAUCCUUUCCUGCGAUUGGAACAAGUACGGCGGCGGGUCACUCAUCGCCACAGCUUCGGUCGAUCGAACCAUCUGCAUGUGGGACAUCCGGGCGCCCCGGCCCGGGCCUGGCCACCCCGAGCCUCUGGCUCGGUUGCAAGGGCAUGCGUAUGCGGUUCGGCGCGUGCGGUGCUCGCCGUUCCACGAGCCGUUGCUUGCUUCGGCGUCGUAUGAUAUGACAGUUUGCUCGUGGGAUUUUAGAGCCCCGGAAGAUGCACUACUAGGGAAGUUGGAUCAUCAUACGGAGUUUGCGGUGGGGUUGGAUUGGAGCCCGUUGGUUGAAGGGCUCAUGGUAUCCGGCGAAACGCCGGAAACCCUAGUAUCGGAACCAGCAACAACUGCGGCAAACGCACCAGCACAAGCGUCGUCGGCAGGCCCGGCGGCCUCGGCGGCUCCGGCGGGCCCGGCGGCGCAAGCGGCGCAGGCUACGCAGGCGGCGCAGCAGCUGGCGCGGUGGCGGCAGCAGCAGGGCGCGAGCUGGCAGUCGUUCGCGCUGGAUCUCGCCGUGGGCGGCGCGUUAGGCGGCGUGUCGCACACGAUCGUGGCGCCGAUCGAGCGCGUGAAGCUGCUGCUGCAGACGCAGGACAGCAACGCCGCAAUUCUCGCGGGGCAGCACCGGCGGUACCGCGGGUUCGUGGACGCGGUGACGACGAUUGUAAAGGAGGAAGGCUUCUGGGCGCUGUGGAGGGGGAACGGGACCAGCGUUAUGCGUUACUACCCGUCUCUUGCGCUCAACUUCGCAUUCAAGGACUAUUAUCGCGUUCUCUUCGCCCCGUCUCACCUACUCGCCGAGCCUUCUGCGUCUCGAAUCGCAGCAGGAAACUUUUUGGCAGGCGCAGCAGCAGGAGCGACGAGCCUCCUAGUCACGUACCCCCUAGAUGUGGCACACACGCGUCUAGCCACCGAUAUAGGCACGCGCAGGCAGUUUGCAGGCAUGCGAUCCGUUAUAGUGUCGCUCUGGCGGGCGGAGGGGAUCCGAGGCUUAUAUCGCGGAUUUCCUGCGUCCGUUCAUGGGAUUAUCGUGCAUAGGAGUCUGUACUUUGGCGGGUUCGAUAGCGCCAAGCAGCUGCUUUUGAAGGGCCACGGCGCAGCAACGACCACAGCGAGCAUAGUGUCUUACCCGUUUGACACUGUGCGACACCGCAUGAUGAUGCAAGCUGGGCUGGCAAAGCCGAGGAGAGGCGAAGCGGGGCGAGCAGGGCCGGCAGGGGUAGCAGGAGUGGCAGCGGUUGAAGCCGCAGCAGGAUCAGGAGCAGGAGUGGCAAGGGGAGCAGGAACGGUGUUAAGUGCAGUAGGGUCAGGAGGAGCAGCAGCAGGGAUGGGGUUAGCUGCAGUCAUUGCAGGAGCAGAAGCAACGGGUGGUGUCAAUUCUGUCAAUCCUGUGAAUCCUGCUGCUGUUGCCACCAGCAUGCAUGCUGCACAAACACCGAACCACGUGUAUCGGCAGGAGGGCGUGCUGGGGUUCUAUAAGGGGCUCUUCAGCAAUAUCCUCCGAGGCACUGGGGCGGCAUUCAUCCUCGUCAUGUACGACGAGGUUCGGCAGUUUGUGCACGGGGAUAAGGCGCUCUAG